AUGCCAACUUAUGAUAAAUUUUUGAAAAAGAUAUUGUCCAAGGAGCGAAAGGUGGAAGAGACAUUGGUGGUCAAGCUCAAAGAGCGUUGUAGUGCCAUUUUACAAAAUAAGGUCCCUCAAAAGUGUAGAGAUCUAGGGAGUUUUACUAUACCUUGUUCUUUAGGAAGUACUAAGUUUAAGAAAUCUUUGUAUGAUUCAGGUGCUUCCAUUAAUCUUAUGACUUUGCCUAUUUUAAGGAAAUUGGAGGGAGAGAUUGGAGAAAUCAAGUUGAUAUCUGUGUCAUUGCAGCUGGCAUAUCAGACCACAAUCAUACCUGAAAGAAUAGUGGAAGAUGUGCUAGUUCGGGUGGACAAAUUUAUAUUCCAUAUGGACUUCAUUGUGGUGAACAUGGAGGAGAAUAGGGAGGUCCCUGUGAUUUUAGGAAGUCCCUUCUUGGCUACGGGCAGAGCAAUUCUGGAUAUUCAGGAAAGGCAUCUCAUGCUCAGAGUGGGGGAACAAAGGCUAAUCUUCAAGAUGGAAGGAGAAGGGGGGCCUAAAGGAGCAACUUGGAGAGAGUCAAGUGAAUAUGUGUGGGGUGUACCGAAAGAAGGCUGA